GUUUGAGUCGGGUAUUUGAAUAAAAUAAUAAAUCCAAUGUAGUAUCAAAAACAAUCAAUGGCCUAUAUUACUGAAAAAUGGGCCCCACCAUUCAGAAUUAAUAGACCGAGUACAAAACGUAACUACGCAGGUGACGUAAAAUACAAUUCCUCUCGUAUCCUACCGCAACGUUGUUGUCAUGAACAGCAGAACCCAAUUACCGCAUGCGAAUUCAACCGUCGCGAAAACCAGAUGCCCGACUUCGUAAAGGCGUGAUAUUUUGCACGUGAGAAAAAUAAGCGCGUUUAACACGUGCGCCGUUUGCGGACGUUGAAUCCGCUCCAUAUUCGGUUUCCCCGACAACAAACGUAGAUAUAAAUACGCGUGCAGAUCCUCUCCUUUCUCCUCAUUACACGGCCUUCUCUUCUCUCUCGCUCCAUCUACCAUCGCCAUCGAAUAUCAGCCGUCGACGACUAUCAUCAACGGUGGGAAUUCUCUCAUCUUCCGUGGAAAAUACUAGUAUGUCCCUCACCAUGGGUAGGAAUUGCAACUUGGAGCUUCAACUUUUCCCUGCCGGCGUCGAUGCCGAUCACCCAUCUCCAGAUUCCAGCCAAGCAUCGAGAGAAGAAUCAGUCAAAAACUUGCAGGAACUGACGAUUUUUUAUAAUGGCUGGAUUUGCAUCUGCGAUGUAACGGAGUUUCAGGCUAGGGAGAUCUUAUGCUUUGCGAAUCAAGAAAUGCAUGAGAAGCUAACAGCGCAUCGUCCAGACAUUCUUCUGCCAUCUCAGCAGCCUCAACUUCGUGUUCCAGCUCUUUCAAUGAAGAGAUCUUUGCAGCGGUUCUUACAAAAGAGGAAGAGUAGGAUUCUGACAACUUCCCCUUACAAGCAAUAGUCAUGGAAAGACUUUCUCUUUCGAUGAAGAAGAUUCUCUCACCGACGAUGGGUCACAAGCAAACUUCCAAGCACAUAGGUAGAAAAUUGAAUACACCGCCAAAAGAACCUUCGUGGUGCAUGAAAUGUUGAAAAUUCAAAAUAUCGAACGGAGAGAAAAUUGGAUCCGCCCAGCGAAUGACGUCGGGAUUUAUCAAUAUGAUUUAUAAAAUGAAAAUCUUUAUCAUAAUGAGAAGUGAAUUUUGCUUUCAUUUUUUACAUGAUUUAGAUACAAUUAUCGAAUUGGAUUAUAGGUAUGGUAUAAUGAUUGUAAUUACAAUGAUAAAUAUUAAUGAGGAUUGUAUUGAUUUUUUUC